AUGCCCGGCGCCUGGGGUGUCUCUUCCCUCCGAGCCACUGACGGGGCCGGGAGCUCACGCAUACACACACAGACACACAUCAUACACACUCUCCAACCGCUAGGCUAGCUCCGCCCCAUCCCGAGACCCUGCCCUUUCUUGGGAAACCUCAUUGGAAAGACUGAGUCUCCAAACCCCCUCCCCAGGAUUAAACACAUUUGGUCCCUUGCCCCCCCCGCCCGGUCCCUCUUCUCUUCUGAGAACCACUUUCUCCGCCCGCCUGCCCUGGCACUGCAGAGAAGAGAGGAACCCCAAGUACCAAAGGCAAUUCUCCUCCCCAAGUUAAUGACAGGCCACUCCGACUCCCCACUUCCUGACAUCCCCCCUAUUGCUCAUUCUCUGAGCCCUCCCGGGCGCGGAGGCCACUCUGCAUUUGCAUCACACCCCCUUCCUCCUCCCCUUGGAUCCCAAGAAACGGGGCACCCCCACCCAGCCUUUGAAGACUGAGAGACCGGAACCAGUUAGGAAGGGGACAGCCUAGGGGAGGCCCGGCCCGAGGCGCCCCGCAGCAGUUCCCUUCUCCCAACCGGAGAGACGACCCCUCCCCGCCCCCAGCUGGAACGUUGGGGGUGGCAGUUUGUCCCGGGAGGGAGGGGGGUGGGAGAACCAGGUCGUUUAUUUUGGGGCCUUGUAAGGCCGGUUGGCUGGCGCUUGCGACGUUCAGCCCCGGAGGUGCGGAGGAGGCCGGGAAGCUCUUGGCUGCAGAGGGCUUAACUCCUUCCAUCCUCGAGAGACUGCUUCCGAGGGUGACAGCAAGAGACAGGGUGACAUGAGAGAUUUGGCUGCACCCUGUGUUGGUGAGCUCCCGGGUGGAAGGAUCACUCCCCAAGGAGACUGAAGUAAGUUUCAGGAUGGCGAAAGAGGAGCCCCCAAGUACCUCAAAGGACCUGCAGGAGCUGCAAAGGAAGCUGUCUUUGCUGAUCGAGUCCGUCCAGAACCAUUCAAAGGUGGUUGCCUUUAUGAAGUCUCCAGUGGGUCAGUACCUGGACAGGCAUCCUUUUCUGGCCCUCACCUCACUGGUGUUUGUUGCCAUGUCGACUGUUCCUGUUGGGUCCUUUGUGCUCCUCGUCUUGCUUACAUCCCUGGCUGCUUUCAUGGGAGUCAUAUUACUGGAAGGAGCCAUCUCUGAACCCAUCUCUGUGGCCACACGGAUGGAGUACUCAGACCACUCCCAAAGCGAGGGGAAGGAUAUUUGUCAUACCAUAAUUGUAUUUUAUCAGUUCUACAUUGGAAAAAGGACUUUUGUUUUGAGGACUGGUCAUUUCUGUGGGCGGCCUCUCUCUGCUCUGCGUCCUCUGUGGCCUGGGUUUCAUAUCACUCGCCGUGUCAGGGAUACUCAUCGUGUCCUAUGUGGUGGUCUCCAGCCUCGUCAGCUACUGGUAUUCUCCCAGACCACUGACACAACAAAACACUGAUGGCAACUGUCAGCUGGCUAUGAAGUGUGCAGACUUCGAAGGGCUCUACCAGGAAUGACCAGCUGGAUGGAACCAGAGCUUUUUUUUUUUUUACAAGCAUCUCUGGAAGGCUGUUGAAUUAUGACUUUGAAGUGGGGGCUGGGUAGUCAGGCCCUCCUUGGCUUUGUUUGUAGACUCCUGCAGUGACCAAUUUGGGGAUUUUGUUGCUCUUGUAUAGCUUCUGUGGGUUGACAUGGAGAAUCACCUGGAGGAUCAACCAAGAACUGCUGUGAUGGCUCAAGUGCUCCCCCAGCCUCUCAGCCCCUCAACCUCCAAGUACGCACACUUGACCUUGGCAGGGUCCUGGGCCUCUAGAGCCCUGCGACUUAACCCUCAAAGCCUUAGACCUUGUGUCCAAGAGCCCAAUUUGGGCACCAAUGUAAUUUUCUUUUUUUUU